CAACUUUAUUCUUCAGCAAACCUCAUCCGAAUCCUAUUCUCCCACCUUUUUUUGCCUUAAUAAGAUGAUAUAAUAUGAAGAGAAUGUAGGUUUAUUUGCUUCCCUUCUUUGGUCUCCAAGGGUUUACAGGAAGAAUGGGGUUGGCAAUUUCAAGACUGGUGAGAUCUCUAUUUGCCAGGAAAGAAAUGAGGAUUCUGAUGGUGGGUCUUGAUGCUGCUGGAAAAACAACCAUUCUUUACAAGCUUAAACUUGGAGAAAUUGUUACUACCAUUCCCACCAUUGGAUUCAAUGUGGAAACUGUUGAAUACAAAAAUGUUAGCUUCACAGUGUGGGAUGUUGGAGGACAGGACAAGAUAAGACCACUGUGGAGGCACUAUUUUCAGAACACACAGGGCCUCAUAUUUGUGGUGGACAGUAACGACAGAGAAAGAAUUACAGAGGCCAAAGAUGAACUCCAUCGGAUGCUCAGUGAGGAUGAACUUCGUGAUGCCACACUGCUUGUAUUUGCCAACAAGCAAGACCUCCCAAAUGCCCUCACUGUCUCUGAAAUCACUGAUAAACUUGGCCUGCACUCGCUUCGCCAGCGUCGUUGGUAUAUUCAGGCAACUUGUGCCACAUCUGGGCAAGGACUUUAUGAAGGUCUUGAUUGGCUGUCUAGCAAUAUCUCUACCAAGGCCUAAUUUGCAAUAGCAGCAACAAAGGCUAAGGUUUUCAUCCUCAGAUCAUCAGAUGAAAAAGCUUGAUAAUUACAUGACAUGUGAAGAGCCUUUAUAUGUCAUUAAAAUCUGUAAAUCUUUUGAGAUAUUUAGUAGCAUAUGUAUUAUUAUAAUAAUAUGAAAGAAUGACUUUGUGGGGA